CGAACUACCACUAAGUAGUUACUCGUUCUUAUUGUGUGGUAUAGACUAAAGAGAUUUUAAUUUACCUAAUUCACUAAAUGACAAAUAUUUAUAUCAUUCUCUAGUUACUCGCUUUUUAUCAAUUGAAGCCCGCAAGUUUACAUCAUGUCUACCGAUCUAAGUGCUAGUUUUAACGAGCAAUACAUAAAUAUAAAUACGAAGCUUAAGAAACGCUUUAUGCGUAAACCUAAUGUUUCCGAAGCCACAAAUGAGUUUAUAGGGCUUGCAAUUCAGUGUGAACAUUCUGAGCAACCAACAUUCGCUGGGCAAACGUAUAUCGGUGCUGCAAAAUGUGAAGCAUCUGCUGGAAACUCACUUGGUGAAGCUGAACAGUAUAUAAACGCUGCUAGGCAGUUUAUGAAGGCUGAGAAAAAAAUCGCCGCUUUAAAAUUAUAUAGCCCAGAUAGAGAAAAUUUAGAGGCCGCAAUUGGAUGUUUUCUGCAAGCAUUACAUAAAUAUCCCGAAAAAUCUCCAUUACGCACUGCUAUUUUGAUGGAAAUAUCAAGCAACCUUCUGGAAUUAGAUCAUAAGCUAGAAGCAAUUGCAUAUUAUGAGCAGGCAAUAGACACAAUUGAAGAAGAGGCUUUAAAGCUAAUGUGCUUGUUGAAGCUGCUGAAUAUGCAAAUUGAUGCUGGUAAACUUGAAAGAGCUUUAAAAACUGGCAAUACCAUUGCAGACUUUAACUACCAUAAACCAGAGCGAAUAUUAGCAGAAGUACAAGUAUGCAGAAUCCUCCUCUCUCUUAUUGUUGAUAUGGAUGAAGCAAGCAAGACAGAAUCAUUGAAAAAAUUGCUUUCAGAUAUCAUGAAUGACGUAGAUAAUGAGUUAACACCAUUCAACCCAGAUUUGAAAUUGAAGUUACAGUCUAUCAUUAUAUCGGCCAACAUGUCAGAUCAUCAGGCCUUGAUAAAUAUUUCUUCAGACACUAAACUACAUCUGACAAGUCAGCAGAGUGAAUUGCUAGAUAUGCUUAUUGAGAAGUUACAAGAAGAGCAAUAAAAUUGUUUCAAUUAUAUGGAAUGCAAUAAGAAACAAUGUUAUUUUCAGGUUGUCCACUCCUUAAACAUCCUCCCCCAGAAACUUAAAGAAUUUAAAAUAUCAAAGGUUCAAACUUUUAUUCUUUCAAAAUUUCUCAUGCUAUAAAACUAAAAAUUUAAUAAAUUUAAUAUUAUGAUCGUUUGUAAUGUUUUAAUGUCCUUUAAGCAUAUAAAAAGAGUAGUAGGAAUUUCAGACAAAGUAUGGCAAAUAAUUUGGCCUCUGGAUUAAAAUUAUUUUCAAGUUUUCAUCUAAUGUUGUCAUUUAAAUAUAAGGAAUUUGAGCAUUUUACACUUAAAUAGAAUAAGAAAUUUCUGUUAUGCAACAUUUUUAAUUUGUUAAAUUUUUUAAACACCAAUAUUACAUUUUAUUUCUAAGUGUUAUUCAUGUGAUCUCAUAACAUUUGUAUACUACACUUUGUGUUAAAAUAAAAUAUUAAGUAGCA